CACAAUAGAAGCGAUAGAAUGAUAGAAAUUCAUAAACAGUUCUUGUAAAUGGCUUUUAAAUAUUUUAAAACCUAUUUAAAAAAUCAAUGGCUAUAUUUGAAAAGAAAAUAGUGGAAAAAGUGACGCUUGAUGAUACCGAAACAAUUACUUGUGUAAUAGAAAAUUCUCAAACAAUAAAUGGUCAUACGGAAUACGCUUUAAGAGUACAGAGAGGACCGAUUCGUAGUAAUUGUUGGAGAGUUUAUAGACGUUAUAAUGACUUUAUAUCAUUGCACAAUCAUUUGCAAACAUCAUGUAUUUCGUUACCUUUACCUCCAAAAAAACUCAUUGGUAACAUGAGUAGAGAUUUUAUUGCAGAACGACAAGCAGCUUUACAAAAUUAUAUAAACAUUGUCCUAAUGAAUCCUAUAUUAGCUUCAUCUUUAGCAACAAAAAAAUUUGUUGAUCCUGAUAAUUAUUCAACGCCAUUUCAAGAAGUUGCACUACAACAUGUGUCACUUGCUUUGCGUGGAGAAGUUGGAUGGGAAGUCAUGGGCCCGUUAGGUGAUAUCGGUUGGCGAUUACGCAAACAUUAUUUUCAAGUACGCAAUCGUUCAAAUCCAAAAGAUGAAUUAUUAGCAUCGUGGGUUGAAUAUGGACCUGAUAAAUAUUUAGAUGAAAAAGAUUUACAAUUGGUUUUCAAAAGCUUAUUGCAAUUAAAGCAUCCAAAUAUAUAUCCUUUCGAAUUAUGCUUAUGCACAGAAGUUGGUGGAUUAACUGUACGUAAAUUUGGUAAAAAUGGUUCUCUACGAGAUCUACUCUGUGGUGCAAAACCGAAACAAUCAUUCUUAAAGAAAUAUGGUAAUCCAAAAGGGCACAAACCAUUAACAGAACGACAAAUUAUUAUUUUUAGUCGUCAAAUAUUAGAAACUUUAUCAUUUUUACAUGAAAAGGGAGUACCGUAUGGUCAUCUACAUACAGGAAAUAUUUUCAUUGAAAAUGAUGAUACUAUAAAAUUAUUAGAUAUUGAAAAUGGUGUAUUAGGUGUACCAUCUUUUUAUAGACCAUAUUUUGUACAACAUAAGAAAAUUUCUACAUUAGAAUCAAUUGAUGUAUAUAGUUUUGGUCAUACGUUAUUUGAAAUGGUAUUCGGGCGUCCAUUACACGAAUCUGUUUGUGAUAAUUUUCCAAAUGAAUGUUCUCCAUUAAUUAAAUCCGUUUUAGAUUCAAUACUAUCAUCAGAAGCUUGCCGUAAUGGCUUACCAACAAUCAAUAAUCUGUUGUCACAUAAAUGUUUCACUGCACUAAAUACAAAUAAUGUUAGUUCAAAUCAUGAACAAAGAGCACAUUUAAAAUUUUCAACGGCCAUAAAAGAAAAAUUAAAAUAUGUGUCAUCAAAAAUUGAAGAACGACUCAAAGAUGAACAAAAAUUAGUACGUAGUCAAAAGCGAAUUGCACGAGUUCAAGAAAUGAUGAGUACUGAAGAGGAGAAGAAAAAACGACGUCAUAAGAAACAUGAAUCGAAAGAAAUUGAAACCAAAGAACAAUUACCAAAAGAACAAUUAACUUUAAAUGGUGUUUCACCAGAUCGUUCUGAGAGUGUUAAUAGUGGUAGUACAGCUACUUCUAUUGGAACAGUCACUCCACCAUCUUCUUCAGGUCUGCAAGUUAUGGAUUUUAGGUGCUGAAAUAUCAUCCCCACCACCGCCUGCACCUGCGCCACCAUUAAUGGAUAUGUUACAUUUA